AUGUCCCAUCCCGACCACAACGGCUCCUCUUCACCCUCCGACACGAGUGAACAACCUUCCUCCACACCAGAACAGAUCAAUACAACCUCUGCCCCAAUCCCUCAAGACGCCUCCCUCACGUCCUCCUAUGUAUCCGUGAACAACGACGACGCCGACUCUCCCUCGUCAGUCGCCUCUUCAACCUACAGCGCCUCUGACGUCGAUAGUCCCAUCAUGACCAAGGCUUCCUUCCCUCGCAAAUCCACAUCUAACAGCGACAACAACACUACCAACAAGAGCAACAACAACCAUGGCUCGACCGCGGCCUCGACUUUCUCAGAUGAAAAGUCCGGAUCGACCCACAAACACGGAUGGCCCAAUGGCAAGCGUCCUCGCGGCUUCCGUACAAAGGAGGGCAAGGAGGCUGCCGAGAAGAGUAAAAACUACAAGUCGGGUGUCUCAAUCCCCCAUCUUUCUGCUCGCUGCAACACCUUUGAGGGAGUCUUAAAGCACUCUAUCCUUGGAGCGAUCCGAUCCGGUGGAGUCAGCUAUGGAUUGAAGGCCAUGGUCAACCUCUGUUUGGGCAUGCUCAAGUUGAUGAAGGGAAAAGCAUCGUUUGGAGAAAUAUUCAAGGAUUCUUUCUUUGGCAUUGAUGCCAUCCGUUUCGGAUCGUUCUUUGGUGUCUUUUCGUUCCUUUGGAAGUUUGUCAACAAUGGACUGAAGCUCUACCGUGGCAAGGAUGACCGUAUUAACGGAGCCGUUGCUGGUGCCAUUGCUGGUCUUGCCAUCUUGAUUGAGAGUCAUGAACGCAGAGUCAGCUUCGCACAGCAAAUGCUUAUUCGCGCGGGACAGGGAGUUUACAAUGCAGGAAAGCACCGUGGGUUGUUCUCGUUCCGUCAUGGUGACGCUGCACUCUUUGCCCUCGCAUGCGGUCAGGUCAUGUAUGCCUACACUAUGCAACCCGAGUCGAUUCCACCAGAGUACUUCAAGUUCAUGAUCAACACUGCACGUGUCCCUGCUGAGGCUCUGGCAUUCAACCGUGCUCGUGUGCGUGGAUUCCCAGUUGACGUGAGCCAGGUCCAGGCAUUGGUUCAACGAUUGAAGCCCACGGCCAAAUCGAUCGAGACGGUCUCUAAAUUGACCGAGUACACUGACCUGAUCCCCUGUGCGGUGCUUCACCCCUCGUAUGACUCCUGCAAAGUCAACAAUGCUGAGCGUUUUGUCCAAGUCACCAAGAACAUUCUCCCCGUCUAUGCGACCCUCAACUUUGUGCCCCUCCUUGUCCUCCGCAUGAAGCGACUCAUGGCUGACCCUGUGAAUGUGUUCUCAAGGACUUCGUUCAACACCCUCCGGUCCUCAGUCUUCCUCGCAGUCUUUGUGGUUCUGUACCAAUCCCAGAUUUGUGGACACCGCAACCUGUUCAAGAACGGGUGGAUCCAAUCCAACAACAAGUACAUUUACUGGCUUUUCGGUGUCACUUGCUCAGGAUCUGCCAUUAUGGUGGAACAGGAGAGCCGGAGAGCCGAAUUGGCAAUGUAUGUCCUCCCCAAGGCGGCCGAGUCGUUAUACAAGAUUCUGUAUCAGAAGAACUGGAUCAAGGGUGUCAAGCACUGGGAGGUCAUGAUGUUCUCCUUUGCCAUGUCGCUCAUCAUGUCGUUCUACCAGCAAGAGGAGCAAGUUCUGUCGCCUUUUGUCACAAAGUUGAUCUACCAUAUCCUUGGAAGAAACUAA